UAGUCCACUGUAGUCCUGAUUCAAGGACUAUAUAUUAUAAUGUAUUCAUCUGUUUAUUUAGUUCUGUAUUACUCUCUAAAGUCCUGAGUAGUUUCCUCAAGACAUGCCAUGCCCUUUCACAAUUUAGAUAAAAGAGAAAUAUUAAGGGACAGGGAAAAAUUAAAGGAGUUGGGGCUCUGGGACGUUAUUUACGAUAAAGGAAUCUUACAAACAUUGAGCAGGAGUAAGGGAGUUAAACCCUGGGAAUCUAAUGAAGAAGAACUUAACAAGGAACUGAGGCGACUUGGAUUAAAAAAAGAAGAUCUAAAACUGGACAAAAAACCAUUAUUACUAGAUCCAGCAAAUAAUCCAAUAGAUAGAGUGAAAGCUAAGUAUAUGGAUACCGGAUCAUAUCUGAGACCUCACGACAUACUCUUCUGCUUACAAAACACUAAAUUUUCUGAGGAAAAGAUUAUUUCAUGGUUUAAAAGGUUUCGACUUGAGUGUCCAGAUGGACGGUUGAGUAGAACACAUCUCAGGGAGCUCUUUCAGAAGGUCUUUCCAGACGGAAACUCGUCGAAGAUUACUGGCCACAUAUUUCGAAUAUUCGACAGUGACGGAAACGAUUUUCUCGACUUUAAAGAGUUUCUGAUGGCCAUAGAUGUCGCAAAUAGAGAUACAGACGAGGACAAGCUGAAAUGGGCGUUUAAACUCUACGACGUGGACAGCAACGGCGUCAUAGACGUCAAGGAAAUGGCCGCAAUCAUUGAAACCCUAGACUGUAUUGAGGGUGUAAAACCGGGAGUUAUUCGGUAUGAUGAGAACGGAAACCCUGAACCUAUUGCUGAUACUAAAACCAGAGCUAUGGAGAUAUUUGCUGCCAUAGAUCGAGACUGUCAAGGAACUCUAAAUGAAGAAGAAUUUAUAGAGGCAUACAAAAAGAGAUCUGAGAUCUUGAAGAGACAGGACUCUAUGGAGCAGAAGAAAAAAAUGUUCUGCAUAAUACUCACCGGUCCAAUCAUACAGAAACAUAAUGAUUUCUCAGAGGACAAGAUGUUUGACCUGUGUUCCAGCGUGCUGACCAGUCGAGCUGGUAUUAUGGUGGAAACAGAGGAUCUGGCGCACGUGGAGCUAAAAUCUGUUUCCUCAGCAGAAACUGUUUUUACUAAAUCUAUCUUUGUCAGAUUCAAUGAUCUUGCUCUCAGGAUGAAAGUUUGGUCUGCCCGUGGUUAUGCUGAGAGAAACAAACUCUUUAUGGAGGAAUGGUUGACAGACUUCAGAUCCAACCUUCUCAAGAAGUGUCAGACCUUGAUGAAGCAGGAGUAUAUCGUGAACGUGAAGACUAAGGACGGGGAUAUUAUCGUGUUCUAUAAUGACAAGGUGGACGGGUUGCUGAAGAGAAGGGUUGUUGUGACCCAGGAGGAGUAUGAUGACCUGCUCCGUGUUAUCGGAAAGAGUGAAGAGUUUGAUCCCAGCAAGGAUGGUUUAGCUAAGCCUUCUCCAACCGAACCAAACAAAAAGUUGGAAGAUAUUGCAGAGGAGGAGAAAACGUAGAAACUUAAUUAAUACAUUUAUUACUUUGUUAUUCAUUUAUGAUAAAUAUAAAAAGUGAAAAUAAAAAUAUUACAAUGAAAA